GAUGAUGAUGCUGAUGAUGAUGCUGGGCUGUGUUGCUGCUACUGCUGCUGUUGAGGAAUUCUGGGCUCUGCUCUCAGCUCAGCUGUCAUUUCAGAAAGCUGAGGUUUGAGAUGGUGGAUCAGCUUCAGUCUCGCUAAACCUGCGUCCCGAUUCUCAUCCGACGCUCAGCCGACGUCGAGACGAUGCUCGGUCCGCUGAUGCGUCUCUGAACGAAACGAGGCCUGGAUCGCCCUAAUCCGGGUUCAUCCUCAAACAGAGAUGCUGAACGAGGAGCUGAGCAUCAGACGACCGUCUGAGGAGGUCGACCACCCAUCAGCUCGUGUCUAGGGGGGGCAUGCACUGAAGCUCCAGCUUCUCGCUUUGUUUUUCAGGCUGUUUCUCCUCCUUCCAGAGCGGAAUAAUGCGCCAGCAUGCCUCUGAGGAACCUCCUCUCCACACCGGCUAAAGCGACACCUCGGCCGCUCGCUAUUGGCUUUCCAAUCACUUAAGUUGGCGCACCUGUGCACGCGCGGGGAAACGACGACAGGUGCAAAUGGCCACGCCGCGAAGGAUCCAGCUCACGACUCUCUCGAGCGAGGUCGUUCCCCCGUCCCUCCCCAACAGCCAUGCCGCCCCAGACGUGCCCCCUACCCAGCAGGCGGCAGAUCCGCCGCCCCCCGAGACCACCGACCCGGUUCCAUCCGCGAGAAUUCAGCUGGUCCUGUUUGAGCCGGAUGAGCGGCGCUGCCCGGAGUUCUACUACCCCGAGCUGAUCAAAGGACAGAUCACAAAUGGAAGCAAUAGGAAAACUCUGGAAGAGCAGAUUGAAGAGAAGGAGAGGGAUGAGAUGGAGGCCCUGUCCAAAAAGUUUGAGGAGAAAUAUGGUGGUGCUCCUAAACGACGGAAAGACAGAUUACAGGAUCUGGUGGACAUGGGCUUUGGAUAUGAUGAAACAGACUCCUUCAUCGACAACUCUGAAGCGUAUGAUGAGCUGGUUCCGGCCUGUCUUACAACCAAACAUGGAGGGUUUUACAUAAAUUCUGGGACGCUCCAGUUCCGCCAGGCGUCAGAAGAGGGUGAAGAAAAUGAGACGGAUGACUUUGAGAAGAACGUUAAGCCUAAGAAACGAAAGCUCAAAGAAGGAGAGGAAGAGAGGCUGAACAACCAUAAGAAAAAGAGACAAGAGGAUGUGCAGCCUGAAAACGUGAAAAACGGUACAUUGAUUACCAUGCCACUAGGAGAGAAGAAAAAGAAGAAGAAAAGUGGAAAACCGCUUGGCAUUGAUGGAAUGCUCCGACAGUUUCAUAAAGAGAAGCUGAAUCAGCUGCAGGUGUUUAAUACUAAGGGGAAGGAGGUGGUUACUCCAGCUGACAGUGUCUCCACCACCCAGACGGAGGUCCCAGAAGAGUCCGCCUUGGCCGAUCCGCUCCUAACGCUCAUUGGAUCCGCGAGUGCAGACGAGCUCCUCCAGGCCGUGAAAGCAGCAGAUCAGGACUUUGACCUUGAUGGGCUUUUGACAGCGGACCAGGACACUGGUUCUCAAGGCCUGGUGGAGAACCAAGAAGACACAGUGUUAUCCCAGCCAACAAAACCUCCUACUUUACUUCCUGAUGGAUUACCUCCCAUGCUGGAGCUAUACAUCGAAGAACUUACUCAGGCAAUCAAGGACAUGGAAGGAGAGAACAAGAUGGAGCUCUUUGCUCCAGAAAUAAACAACGUUUUGCUACAUGUGGCGGUUAAGUCUAAGGAGGUGUCUGAUAAGGUACGUUCAGGAAUCUUUUCCUACCUGGCAUCACAGCUUUCCUGCAAGAAAGGCACUCUGCUUAAACGAGCCAAGAAACUCCACCUCCUUCAUCUGGGUGAUCAUCUAAGGGACCUGUUACAAAAACUGGAAGAGGCAGUUACCAGAACCAUGCCGGAGCAGAUCGACCGUUUCAACGACAACUGCCAAGCUCACUCUGAAGCAAAAGCUGCCAAACUGGAGGCUGAGAAAGAACAGAGAGCAGUGGAUGGAUCUGAUGAAGAAGAGGAAGAGAAAGGUGGAAAGCGAGUCUUCGGGCCUCGCAAAAGAUUCAAAUGGACAGAAGAGAUCAGGGAGCUUCUGUCGGAGGUUGUGAAGAUGAAGAUGAACUGCUAUGAGCUUGAAACUGCUGGUGGCCCAAGUUUGGAAGAGUAUCUGAGAACGUUUCUGGAGGACAAUGUAAAACCACUGUGGCCUAAAGGGUGGAUGCAGUCCAGGAUCCUGCUCAUCGAGAGCCGGAGAGUACAUGGCCACAUUACGGGUGUAGUGGCAAGGAAAAAAUCACUGGCUGCUCCAAAAUCUAAAAAGAUUGUUUUCAUCUCUGAGAAAUCUGGGGAGAUCCACCCAACUCCAGCGAUGAAAGGGUUACAAGGAGCUGCUGCACCUCAGCGCAAGCGUAUCAGUCUGCCUUUGAGCCUCCAACAAGCCCCCCAGAACACUGUGAGCAGACCCCCAAUAGACACACAAGUGUCUGCUUAUUUUUCUCCUCCGCAGCCGGAGCUGCAGCAGAUCAGAGGAGAUGUGGGAAAAUCCUCUCAAGGCAGGAAUCAGGUAUCUCAGCCUGCAGUAGAUGGGAAGCCUCUGCCCGGCGUUCAGACGGGCAGCACAGGGGCAGCACUUCCUGUUGAUUCGGCUCAGAGGAUCUCGUCCAGUCCUGGAGUGGCUUCAGCCCUGAAGCGAGUUCCUGCAGGGGAGAAGAAAGCUCAGAAGCUGAUGCUGGUAGCUCCACCUGCUGCUGCUGAAGGAGACUCUGCGGCGGUGCAGGGUGUGGCCAGACUGCUCACCACCACCUCGUUUUGCAAAGCACCAGUUUCUGUGGCUGUAGCAGCUGUGGAAAGUUCUUGUGGGGAUCCAGCUCUCCCGACUCCAUCCCUCUCCCUCCAGGCCUCGUCUUACCCCAACGUUCCACAAUCUGGAGGUUUAACAAGCUUAGUCCCUCUGCAUGCUUUACCCUUCCCCGGACUAACUUACGCCAGCAAAACGUCUGGACACGCCCAGAUCUGCAAAGACUCCAUACUAACCAGUCCAGGACCCGGAACCUUCCAGUAUGGUCUCACACAUGGUAUUUACUCUGCACUGUGUUCUAGUGUUCUCUAUCCUCUCUCUGGUCCUGUCUCCUCCUCUCCGUCCUCUCUCCAUGCUCUGUCUACUAGGCCCUGUCCUUUAGAUGGAAGUCAGAUUCACGCAGAAGGUGCCAACGCUCAGAGAAAACUGCACUGAAGAGAGGAACCGCGGUUCUCUAUUCUUUAAAAUAAUGUCCUCAUGAAUGAACUGGACUCUAAAGUGGUGAGACCACAACGGUGUUAAAGACUGAGUCAAGUGACCGCCCACCUUAAAUACAUAAUUACACAUUUCACCAUUUCUACUUUAAAUACAUCAACAACAGAAACUGAAAAGUGUUACACUAAGCUGAUGGAGAAGCUACACGCGUGAAAAUAACCCAGUUCAGACUAUGUGCUACUAUUACUACUAAUCCAGACUAGGCAUGUGACCAUCAGUGCAUCAAGAAUGUGGUAGUGGUGCCUUUAAUAAUAUUCAUGAUUAUUAAUAACAAUAAUAAUAUUUUCUUUUCCUUUUUGAGUUUUGUCUUUACUGUAAUAUCUGCACUUAAGGACUUUUGAAGCUGAUGCUUUCUUCUUCUUCGUCUUCUUCUGCCUGAGAUCUUUUAAAUGUUUCUCCUUUGAGUUCUUUUUGUCUUUACUGUAAUAUCUGCACUUAAGAACGUAGGCUUAAGGCACUUUGUUCUUUUUACCCUUUCCUGUCUAAAAUUCUCUAUUACUUUUCACAAUCCUUCUUAUUUUUUUAGUUCCUGCCUAUCAGCUCCUAACAUUAUGCUUUAAACAGCAUUCCAUGUACUUUCCAAAGACCUUGUAGAGCAGUAUGUGUACGAGACUGAUCUCCUCAGCUUUAGACAGUUAACUCUUUAGCUGAUUAGUUUUUCUAUCUUUCUUUCUUUCAUCAGUUGGCACUGAUUUAUGUUUUAUGUGACAUGGACUGAAGGUAAUUUACAAAAUGAACGCAAGGCGCUCACAAUGAAAAGAGUCUUAAUUAAUGGACGGCUGAAUUAGUUUUGCUUUUUUCCUGAAAUGUAAAAUGCCAUUUAUUUAUUGUCUCAGGGAUUCUUAAGGAAGAGGGUGUUGCAUUAAGCACAAACUUGGGAGUAAUAGCACUGCAUGUAGUUUUGUAUGUCCUAAAAUGUGACUGAGCUAAGCUGAUAAGAUGGUAUUGUUUAUAAAUAAAAUAUGCAAACAAUA